GCCGGGCGGAGUAUGUCGUAUAAUUCUGCAACCGGCAGUAUUUUAACAAUAUUUAGGUCAUUAUAGGGUGUGUUAUAAAAGGUUCUUUUAUUUUUGAAUACUGGCAACUCUAGGAUACACCGAUCACUGGAAUGCUUAAUAAAAGUUCUGUUGGGAAGUCUAAAAUUAUUAAAGCAGUUCCUCUGUCAACUGUAAAGGAGGAUACUUUUGCUUUUGUUGUGGUGAGCCCAAAAACUAGACACCAGUUUGAGACUUGCGCUUUAUCACUUGCCUAUAAUUCUAGCCAAAAACUGCUUGCUGUUGGCUUUAAAACGGGAAAAAUUUUAAUUCUUGGAGAUGUCGGAGUGGAGGUUACUUUGGUCUUACCAAAAACCUCGCCUGUAUGGCUACUAAAAUUUGCAGUUGGAAAACCUUAUCUACUCGCUUCAGAUAAGAAAGUUGUCUACAUAUUCAGCAUAGAUUCCCAAGAACCAGAGAUUGUCGGCUCACUGACUACUCUGCGGGAAGAGAUCAGCACUAUCCAUGCCCCAGUGAACAGCUCCUGGAUCUACUUGGGCACCCAAAAAGGCAACGUGCACCUCCUCAAAGUAGAGCUCUGCGCACUGUCGAGCCGUGUAAUUCACUGGGAUAAGUUGGUCGCUUGCACAAAGGAGCAUCCCGGGCCUGUGGUUGUGGUUGAAGAGAAUCCCGUAGACUUAACCAAGCUUUUAGUGGCGCACUCUUGUAACAUUUCUUUAUAUAGUACCAAAAAAAAUAAGUUAUUGGGAUGUUUUGGGUCCAGUUAUAUAAAGCCCGUUACCAGUCUUUCAUGGUAUCACGACGGCACCAAGUUUUAUUCCGCUCACAAUAUCGGCUUGAGAGUUCUCUGGUCCUCAACAAGAUUUGAUUUUCCCGUGUCCUUUAAGUUUGGGAAAGAGGAAAUGGUGACCGACGACUUGCAGAUAGAGACAAUUAACAAAAUCACUUGCGUUGGAGAUUGCGUUGUGUUUGAUGGAGGACAACAGUCUGUUUCUGGAAAGUAUAGCAUUAACGUGAACGAGAACUCUUUACUUCUAGAUGAACGCGUGGUGGAUUUUGUGGCCUUUUCUGACAGAAACAGCAAAGACGCGAUAUACGCGGAACACUUGGUGGUCUUGCACGAAACCUCUCUCGCUUUUUAUACAGUCGAGGAGAAAAAUUUUUCCAAGCAAGCGCAUCCAUACUCAUUUCGCAUAAGCGAGAACACCGAUCAGUUAACUUGCGUGCGUUACUACAUGUGCACCGACAGAAACUUUUUUUCCUGUAUAAAGUCCCUGGGAAGCAUUCACAAAUCAAAGCAAAAAAAGAGUUUUAUAAUGAGCGGCGGAAAGAAAGGAAAGAAAACUUCGGCGCGAGACUUUAUUGUGGCGGGUUAUGCCGACGGGAAGAUUGAUUUCUGGAGCGGAGAGAGAGUUGUUCUUGCCCACCUGGCGACUUUCGAUCUGAGGAGUUAUGUUAGUGGCAUCUCCCCUUCGCUGGGAAGCCCUCUAGAGCUCGACUGUUACCAUAUUUGCGCAUUGGAACUCUGCAUCCAAUCAAGAGAACUUGUUGUGCAGUUCAAAAACAGAUGUCUAUUCGUAUUUACUUUCAGCGAAACGCCCGCCGACGCCGCCUUGAACCUCUUGAGCUUCUCGGUAGGAGCCUCUGAAGGCAGGGAGGGUCGCACUUUGCGCACAUCUUCCUUACUAAGGCGUUCGAAGUCCGAGAGCAAAAAAGCACAGGAAGUUGCUCAGUCUCUUACCGCCGUGUCCAGUUGUGGCCUUGGAAAAGUAAUGUUAGGCGGGGGAGCGGAACUCGAGAAAACCACAAGCGCUGGAAAUUCUCUACCAAAAAAGAAGCGAUUUUCGAAACUUAUAAAAAAGUUGAGCAUCGCUCCGAAGAAGGAAAGUUUGCCGCUGGAUGAGGAUGCACCUGCGCUUGCUGAGCCGGUUUCCGAACAGCCACGUGUGCGAGCUGAAACUUUCUCGUAUUGCUCUCCCGCUGGUUUUCGUCUUUCGACUAUUCUUCUUUUUAGAGGCCCUCCAGAUCCAUCAGAGUCGAAUUCGUGUUUUGCUGUAAACACUCUGCUGAAAAGUAUUGCGACCGCUACGGGAGGAGAUUUAUUUAUAGUGGACUACGGGAAUGGCGCUGUGUCUUUUAGCGGAUCGAUUAGCGACUCUGGUCUUUUCGAGGAAAAGGACCGUGAUAAAAUAGCACGUGACACAAUCUCGUCGAUCAAGUUCACGUACGGCCAGUUAAAUGGGUCAGACACCUUUCUUUCCCCGCAACUUAUUAUCGGGACAACAUCGGGCGCAUUGCUCUUCUACUCGCUUCUUCUGCUCGUGCCGCCCACGCUCGUUCAGUACAAGUACAUGAUUGAAGAGAAAAUUGUGAAUGUGGAGGUGACCAACCACGCCGGUGUUAUAGUCAUGUGCCCCUGUGGCACAUGGUCCAGUAGCGUGCGUGAAGCUCUCGAAGAAGACAGUAAAGAACUGCUUCAAGAAGACGCCGCUGUCACUGUCACUGAAAAAUACUUUUGCGAGGAGUUCUGCUAUCAAUUGCUUGUGGUGACCUCGGAAAAGGCGGUGGUCGUGUGCAGUGCAGACCUCAAGACACUCGUCGCUACUAAAGGUUUAGCAAACGGUUUGAUCUUCCGGUCACGCUGUGCUUAUCUCGCAGGAUGUACUUGCGUGGUUGCGGUCGACAAUCUUGGGGACAUAUUUGUGCUUACCUUUCCCCACUUGGAGUGUAUCUACUCCUUUCCCACUUCGGUUCCGCAUGAUUUGCUGGGCUUUCUGUGCAUCAGCCAGCAGGACGGACGGGUUGUCUACGUAUCCAAAGAGCGCGCUUUUGAACGGGCUUCAUUGGUUAUUGGUGAGAACAGACUGGAACUGCCAAAAUCACUGCCCGUUGCCUACAACGCCGAUAUUGCUCCCCCUGAAAAGCAUUCAGGUGGGAUUUUGGGCUCUUUUUUCAAAGAAAACGACGAAGCAAAGAGAAACGAGUUGUUCAAACUCCCUGAGGAGCCUCCCGUGCUUGAGAGAUUGGCGAAAAAAACGGAGCACAGGAAGGCGCCCAUCAUGAGAACUCCGCAGGCGCACGCGGAGGGGCUGGCGGCAACUUUGGGAAAUACCUUUCAGGCGCUCGCUGAACGAGGAGAUAAACUAGGCAGCAUGGACGAGCAGUCCUCCCAAAUGAAGCACAAGGCUGCUUCCAUGCUGGAAAAUGUAAGAGAGUACAACAGGAGAAAAGCUGCUAGAAAGUGGUAUCAGCUUUAGCGCUCAUGUUAGCUAGUUUAUGGAAAGCUAAUCCGUUGAAGAUCGCUAAAAUAUACAAGAAUUCGCCAUGAACGGGUUACUUUCCCCCAAUAAACUUUUUAAGUCUCACUAAUUCUUUUUUCCCGCUGAGAUAAUAUACGAAGGCG